GAGCCGUUCAGACCCGGGAUAGAGAGUCGCCCGGUGCCUUCCCCGGUAACUCCUGACCACUUCACCGACAAUUUAUCACCGAAUUCAGUGCGCACGGUCGGACUGAGGAGAGGCGGGAGAGGGGCUGCCGUGCGUGGCUGAAACCGUACUUUUUGUGCAAUAUAAUGAAACGGCGGUAUUGACUGGGUUGAGGACGGCGUUCCGGGAUAAGAAGCGAAGCAAAACAAGGACGCACAGCGGCGGCUCAGCCUCGCUGUAACCAGGGAGGCUGAGGAGUGGCGCGCCCCCUGCUGAUGUCGCGGCAGCAGAACCGGUUCGAGCGGGAUUUCCGCGGGUGGGAGAGGCGGGACCGUGCAGCGCUGCUUAGCAACACCCCACCCAGCCUGAAUGGCCACGCCCCCAACCCCAGGCCUGGGCUCCUCCCCCUGCCCGUCCCCCCCUCCCUGCUGCCCACGGCCAUCACUGCCUCCACCAAUGAGCUGGCCUGCAAGCGCCUGGGGGGCGUGUCCUCCAGCACACCUGCUCCAAAGGUUUUGGGGCUGUCUCCAGGUGAAGGUCCGGGCCCAGGGCUGUUGCAGGGGCAGGUACAGGGGCAGGGGCAGGGGCAGGUGCGCUGGGGUCAGACGCCUGUGAACCAAACCACCCCCUGGGAGACGGACGAGCCACCAGGGAAACAUCGCCGUGACAACGAGAGCACAGGUCCUCCCUGGGCUCCCCCGGUUGUUGCGGUGAGCCAGGCUGGUCUCUUGCCACAUUCGUAUGGCUUGGCCCCGCCCCCUGUGUACACCCCAGGAGUAACCGUCCAAUCGCCUGCAGUGGGCGUGACCCCCGCCGGUCCACCCCACCCCCCGCACCCACUAAUGCCUGCCCACUUCCAGCUGGCCCCGCCCCCAAUGCCAAUUCUGCCCACCCACCCGUCCCUGGCCCCGCCCCUCACGCUGCCCGCUUUUGGAAACGGUCACAUGACCCACCCCACCAUGUUGAGCAAUGGGCAGGUGGCUCCCCUGGCCCUGCCCAUCCCCCCGGCCAAUCGGGAGAGCCCGAAUGGGCUGCAGAUGUUGCGGACCAUCGGCAUGGGGAAGUAUGAGUUCACCGACCCCGGGCACCCCAAAGAAAUGUUGGCUGAGCUGGACCGCCAGCGCCGGAACAGAGAGUUUACAGACCUGACUAUUACUGUUGAAGGCAGAGAGUUUGAAGUCCACCAAAAUGUAGUAGCUUCCGGCAGCGUGUAUAUCAAGGACCUGGUGAAAAGGCUGGCGGGGGAGCAGUGUGGGGGGGCCAGGCUGCAGCUCCAGAUGAGUGACAUCACGGCGGACGUGUUGGAGCUGCUGCUGGAGUUCGUGUACACAGGGUCGCUCGUCAUCAACGCCGCCAACGCCAAGGCCCUGCUGGAGGCCGCCAACAGGUUCCAGUUCAACACCUUCUGCAAGGUCUGCGUGUCUUUCUUAGAGAGGCAGCUGACAGUGGGGAACUGUCUGGGCGUGCUGGGCAUGGCCCUGGCGAUGCGAUGCUCGGAGCUCCACAGCAUGGCCCAGGCCUUCGCCCUGCAGAACUUCACUGAGGUCUCGGCCCAGGAUGAGAUCCUGCACGUCUCUAAGGACGACCUGGUCAGCUACCUGUCCCACGACCGUCUCAACACCAAGGCCGAGGAGCUGGUGUACGAGACCGCCAUCCGCUGGGUCAAGCAGGACCCUCUGAGCAGAGUACAGUACAUCCCAGAGUUGUUGGCAGUGGUGCGGCUCCCGUUCCUCCACCCUGGCUACCUGCUGAACGUGGUGGAUAAUGAGGAGCUGAUCAAGAGCUCUGAGCCCUGCAGAGACCUGCUGAAUGAGGCCAAGCGCUACCACAUGCUGCCCCACGCCCGGCAAGAGCUACAGACACCUCGCACGCGACCACGCCUGUCUGCAGGUGUGGCGGAGGUGAUCGUGCUGGUGGGGGGGCGGCAGGUGAUGAGUCAGCGGCCCCUGACAGCGGUCACCUGCUUUAACCCCCAGACCCGGCACUGGCACCCACUGGCCAGCCUGCCCUUCUACGACCGCGAGUUCUACAGCGUCGUGUCAGCUGGAGACAACAUAUACCUGUCAGGCGGGAUGGAGGCGGGCGUCAUGGUAACAGACGUGUGGUGCUACAUGUCUCUGCUGGAUAACUGGAGUCUGGUGUCACGCAUGACCGUGCCACGCUGCCGCCAUAAUAGCCUGGUGCAUGAUGGGAAACUCUACGCCAUCGGGGGGCUGGGCAUGGCAGGAAACCUGGACCACGUGGAGAGGUAUGACACCAUCACGAACCAGUGGGAGACGGUGUGUGCCCUGCCGCGGGCCGUGCACUCUGCGGCCGCCAGCGUGUGCAGCGGGAAGGUGUUUGUGUUCGGGGGGGUCAACGACGCGGGGCGCUCCGCCGGGGUCCUCCAGUCAUACAUCCCACAAUGCAACACCUGGAGCUUCAUUGAGUCGCCCAUGAUCGAUAAUAAAUACGCCCCCGCUGUCACUCUCAACGGCUUCAUCUUCAUCCUGGGCGGGGCCUACGCGCGCGCAACCACCAUCUACGACCCCGAGAAGGGCAGCAUCAAGGCAGGGCCCAACAUGAACCACUCCCGCCAGUUCUGCAGUGCGGUCAUUCUGGAUGGUAAGAUCUACGCCACAGGUGGGGUGGUGAGCAGUGAGGGUCCGGCACUAGGCAACAUGGAGACCUUUGACCCCGGCAGUAAUGAGUGGACGCUGCUGCAGGGCAUGCCCUGCCCGCUGUUCCGGCACGGCUGCGUGGCCAUAAAGAAGUACAUCCAGAGCGGCUGAGCCUCCUGCAGCCCAGCAUGGCAGCUC